AUGGGCAUAGCUAGGUCGAGAUUCACAGAGGCGGACGUGAAGAUGUCCCCCUGCAGUGAUGGAUGCCUUAAUGAACCUACUAGGAUUCAAACUAAGAUUAGUUUCACACAUCCAUCCGAUAUUUUCGACGACAGCAUUGAAUCCAGUGAAUCCAGAUUUGAAGAGUCAGCGGGGGAGGAGAUGUUCAACGAGGAUAACUCUGACGACUGGACGACUGAAUCGGACACCGAAGAAUCAACGUGGGAGGAAACGUCCAACGAGGAUAGCUCUGACGACUGGAACUCCUUGAACUGCCUAACCUUGAAGUUAAAAUGCAUACAUUUCCAUCCGAUAGCUAGCUCCGACGACAGCAGCAGUGAAUCCAGUGCAUCCAGUGAAUCCGGAUUUGAAGGGUCAGCGGGAGAGGAAAUGUCCAACGAGGAUAGCUCUGACGACUGUACGACUGAAUCGGAAACCGGAGAAUCAAAGUGGGAGGCGAUGUCCAGCUUUGACGGAAUGAGGAGCCCAACGUGUCUGGCGAGAAGAGUCACAAAUAGGGACUGGUUGAUGUCCUACCUCAUCAGAAACUCCUUGAACAUGCUAACGGUAAAGUUACGUUGCAUACAUUACUAUCAGAUAGCUAGCUCCGACGACAGCAGCAGUGAAACCAGUGAAUCCGGAUUUGCAGAGUCAGUGGGGGAUGAGGAUAGUUCAGACGACUGA